AUGUCAAAGGCAGCCAAAAUGACGUUUCUGGGCUCCUGCGUGUUCGCAUCACAGGGCCUCGAGCGUGCAUCCAUGUACCAGGGUGUUAUAAGGGAUCAGGAACGCAAGGUCCAGCGCGAAAAGAACGCCCGCGAGUACGACGAGACCCGGGCGCUGCAUGCCGAGCUUAUCAAGGAUCAGCCCAAUGUACGGGACAUUGAUUCCAAGUCGACAACAUAG